AUGGCAAACGUAGGCGCUCCCGACUCUUGGGAACAACAAGCAGAUGCCGAUGCAGGGAGCGCAGCCGCUAGCAACGAUAUGUCGACCAAGUUUUCCACGUUGAAUGUGAAUGCAAUGGAAUUUGUUCCUUCAUUUGGUAUGAAAGUAAAUUCAAGUGACGAUAAAGAUUCGCCUAGUGACUCAGCUGCGCCCGAGGAUUCUGCACCCUUAACCAACGGGCAAACCGUUCCAGAUCAAGAAGAAGCUGUGAGAAAAAUGGAAGAUAACCCUCCAGCAGACUGGGAAACAGCGGAUGGUGAUGUGGACCCUCUCCUCACCCCUGAUGACCCUGAUGGUGAUGAAGGUGAUGAAGGCGAUGAUGUUGUCAAUGAAGCGAUUAUCAAACCCAAAAAGAAGCUUGUUCAGGCCGAAGAAACCAAGAGUAAAAGGGAGCAUGUUAAUGUUGUCUUCAUUGGUCACGUUGAUGCUGGCAAGUCAACAAUUGGUGGUCAAAUCAUGUCUUUAACGGGGAUGGUAGACAAGAGAACACUAGAGAAGUAUGAGAGAGAAGCCAGAGAGAAAAGUAGAGAAUCAUGGUAUCUGUCAUGGGCACUUGACACAAACCAAGAAGAAAGAGACAAAGGUAAAACAGUUGAGGUUGGACGAGCAUAUUUUGAGACUGAGAAAAAACAUUUCACAAUUUUGGAUGCCCCUGGACACAAGAGCUUUGUGCCAAACAUGAUUGGUGGAGCUGCUCAAGCUGACCUUGCUGUUUUAGUAAUUUCUGCAAGAAAAGGAGAGUUCGAGACUGGCUUUGACAGAGGUGGCCAAACUAGGGAACAUGCCAUGUUGGCCAAAACUGCCGGCGUGAAACAUCUGGUAGUGCUAAUAAAUAAAAUGGAUGAUCCCACGGUUCUUUGGGCUGAAGAACGCUAUAAUGAAUGUAGAGAUAAGAUCCUGCCAUAUCUGAAAAAAUUAGGUUUCAAUCCAGCUAAGGAUCUCACAUUCAUGCCUGUUUCUGGCCUUACUGGACUUGGACUGAAAGAAUCCGUUCCUCAAGAAAUAUGCCCAUGGUACUCUGGGUCUGCAUUUAUUCCGUUUAUUGAUAAUUUGCCCUCAUUGAACCGCAAGACUGAUGGACCUUUCAUUCUACCUGUUGUGGACAAAUACAAGGAUAUGGGAACUGUUGUUAUGGGCAAAGUAGAAUCGGGUGAAUGUAAGAAAGGAAUGUCACUUAUAAUUAUGCCUAAUAGGACCUCAGUAAUUGUCGACCAGUUAUGGUCUGAUGACGAUGAAGUAACUUCUAUUGGACCAGGAGAGAAUGUAAAAAUCAAGGUAAAGGGUAUUGAGGAAGAAGACGUUUCUCCUGGUUUUGUGUUAUGUGAUCCAUCAAAUCCCAUCAAAACUGGACGUAUGUUCGAUGCACAAGUUGUGAUAUUGGAGCAUAAAAGUAUCAUUUGUGCCGGAUAUUCAGCAGUAAUGCAUAUCCAUUGUGUUGCUGAAGAAGUAACUGUGAAGGCUUUGAUCUGUCUUGUGGACAAGAAAACUGGAGACAAGUCAAAGACUAGGCCUCGAUUUGUGAAACAAGAUCAAGUUGCAAUUAUGAGGAUAGAGUGUGCAGGAAUCAUUUGUCUAGAACGGUUUAAAUUGUUCCCUCAAAUGGGCCGAUUUACUCUUAGAGAUGAAGGUAAAACAAUUGCAAUUGGUAAGGUGCUGAAGGUUAUCGAAUAAGCACUGCUGUGUGACGAAGCAUAGACCAGAGUUGACAGCUGCGUUUCCCAUUUUGAGCUAGUUGAAGUGCAUUCAUCAAACCAAUCAGAUGAACAUUAAAACAUUAUUCUACAAUGGUUCAAACUCCUGAGUGUUGUUGAUCUGUGCAAUUAUAAUUACCAAGUCUUUGAUAAACGCCUAAACAUUCGACCUCAGCCAGGACCGGCUGUAUUGAAUGUGAUCUUCAGCAACUACAGGAAGACAUCAUUUUACAAUGCUGUUCAAAAUUACCAAAUGUGCCUAAAAUUUGUAAUGGGUUGUUGGUCAUAAAGCCAGUUGAAACAUGCAUAUUUGGCCUCUUCAGUGGACUUGAGGUUUGCAUCUUGUGCUGAAGGCUAGUUUUGAGCAUCACCUGUGCCUUUGUGUCUUGAGGCUCUCAUGGGAUGAAUUAUUUUCUAAUAUUUCUUGAACAGUUGAUAGUUUGAUGAAUGUGUGAAUAAAUGAAUGAAUGAAUGAAUGAAUGAAUAAGUGUGUAUGUGCACUUAAGCUCUUGUCUGAGCUCAGUGCACCUUUUAACCAAGACUCAUACACUGUGAUUGAAUAAAUGUGAGCAGAUUAAUAGAAUUCUGGCAGUGUGUCUUGAAGUGUGAAUCUGCAUACUGCUUUGUAUACCCUUGUUGAAUUCUGAGAAUGUUUGUUGUGUUACUGAGCUCUUUUUCAACCUCUCCCUUAAGCUUUCUGGAAAUUGACAAUAACAUUCAAAGAAAAUUCUGCUUAAUGGCUGCACAGGGGAUUUAAAGGAAGGCAUUAUUUAUGUUAAUAAGGCUGUCAUCCAAUACAUUAUAGUACUGCUACCUUCUAUUUGCUUUGGGACAAGGUUUAUUGCAUUUAUUGUUUGUAACAUUCUCUGGUUUCGUAUUUGCCUUCUUUCGUUUUUUCCUAUUGCGCCUUCAGCUAUAGCUGCAUUUCUUGUCGAGUUACUCAUUUUCCAUCAAGGUUAUGGUCUUAAUGGUUCGUGUUUCUUCAAUUCUUGUUUUUGUCAGGUAUUGUCUGUUAUUAUUAAAAGUUGGCCAAAUAGUCUGCAUGUUCUCAUUUAUUUUAUUUUUGAGAAGUUCUGUUCAAAUCAUCCUAACUGAAAUCAUGUUCUUGACCAAUCUAUCCACAAAUAAUGUAGUUUGGUCGUAAUGGAUAGUUGUUUUCAAAUGCUGUGUGGAACACUUGUGUUGAUUUAGAAGACAGUUAUUGCUUGUUAACAGUUUGUACAUAUUAACGUUUUGAUGCCUGGGAAGAGACUGUUUGGUUGGAUGGGCUAUAGUUUUUAUGAAUCGAGUGUUAUGUUUCUAUUUGAUAAUUGAUAAUAGUAACUACAGUUAUGGGAUCUUUCAGCACACACUGUCAUCAACUACUGAUACAAGCCAUUCUUGUCAUGCAUAGAAGUGUUGGAGGAAUUCCAUUAGCAACUUUUUUAUUUCAUGACUACUGUUAUACAACAAUUUGUGUGAUUGUUUUUCCAUAUUUUUGUAGGGACCUGAGGAAACACUGCCUACAUAGUUGCAAUUAUUUUGGUAUAGUGCUAUGAUGGCUUGAAUACUCAUGUGUUGAAUGCACUGUCACAUCAUUUGUUUUCCAGGGCCCCUUAUUGUGCUAAAUCUUUUAAUGCUUUCAUCAAAUUCUAAUGAACUCGUGUCACAGUCUGCUAUGCUUCAAUUGAGCUCCGUUAAGUUUUUUUUCUUCUCAGAUUAAAAUCUUGUUGCAGCCUUGGGGCUUUCAUUAAAAUGUGUAAAUAAUUGAGGUUUAGGGAUUCUUCUGUUUAUUUUUUCUACUACUGUAUAAACAGUUGCGCGAAAUUGGGACUGAAUGAAACUUACAAUUUCAAAUAGUUUCAUGUUGAAAUUUGCUAACACCGUUUACAGAGGCCACUAUGCUAUAACUGUAAAAUGCUAUUGUACUGUUGGCUCGAGUCUUCUUUACAUCUCUUUUCCUAUCAAUAAGCAUUGAGUGAAUUUCUAGUAAAACUCUUUGCAAAAUGUGCCCAAUAAUCACAGUGCAAAUAAAGUAUCUGAUGAAACGGUG